AUGACGCUCCGGGAAAAAAGUACGAUGUCAGCCAACAAUGCAAAUUCGUUUUCGGACCACAGUCAGAACUUUGUCCAUAUAUGGCCUGCAAAUGGCGGCAAGUACUGCGUUGGUCAGCGUGAACGGUAUCGCUCAUGCAAUGUCGCUGACUGCCCGUGGGAUACCCCAGGAUUCCGUGAGAUCCAGUGUGCAGAAUUCAACAACAAGGAUGUGGGAAUCCAUGGCAUCCCAGCAAGAACAACUUGGGUGCCAAAGUAUACAGCUGUUGCGGAUAAUGAGCGUUGCAAGUUGUAUUGCCGUGUGGCUGGAAGUGCUGCUUUCUAUUUGCUGAAGGAAAAGGUGAGCAUGCCUCAUAAAGUCAUCGAUGGUACUCCCUGUGAUAGAAACGGCGAUGACAUCUGUGUCGAUGGAACUUGCUUGAAAGCGGGAUGCGAUCAUCGUUUACACUCUACAAUGACUCGAGACAAAUGUGGCAUUUGCGGAGGAGAUGGAACAACUUGCAGGACUGUCAAGGGCACCUACAAUGAAAGAGGAUCGUUUGGGUAUAAUGCUGUAAUGAAAAUCCCGGCCGGGUCAGCAAACAUAGACAUCCGACAGCAUGGUUAUAACAAUCAGAAGGACGACGACAACUAUCUAUCGUUGCGCGCAUCAAAUGGCGAAUUCCUGCUGAAUGGUCACUAUCAAGUCAGUGUCUUCCGACAACAAAUCCCCAUACAGGAUGUAAUUCUCGAGUAUUCCGGCAGCGACAACGUCGUCGAACGGAUAAAUGGCACUGGACCUAUUAGAAUCGACAUCUAUGUUCAUGUGUUAUCUGUUGGAAACCUGCUACCUCCCGAUAUCAGUUACGAG